AUGGCCAGUUCUCAGGGACUGCUGACCUUCAGGGAUGUGGCCAUAGAAUUCUCUCAGGAGGAAUGGGGAUGCCUGAACCAGAGUCAGCGAGAACUGUACAGGGAUGUGAUGUUAGAGACCUAUGGACACCUCCACUUCUUGGGCCUCAUUGUGUUGAAACCAUACCUGGUCAUUUUUUUGGAACAAAAGAGGGAGCUCUGGGAUGUGAAGAGAAAGAAGACGGUAGCCUCACCAGCAGUUCAUUUACAUUCAAAACCUUACAAAUGUCAACAAUGUGGCAAGGCCUUUAGCAAGCAAUCAUUUCUUACUCAGCAUUAUAGAAUCCACACUGGAGAGAAACCUCAUGAAUGUCAAGUAUGUGGCAAGGCCUUUAAAUGGCACUCAUACCUUAUUAAACAUCACAGAAUACAUACUGGAGAGAAACCUUACCAAUGUCAAGAAUGUGGCAAGGCCUUUAACCAGCAAUCAUCCCUUAAUCAGCAUCACAGAAUGCAUACUGGAGAGAAACCUUACAAAUGUCAAGAAUGUGGCAAGGCCUUUAGCCACCCAUCAUCCCUUACUAAGCAUCACAGAAGGCAUACUGGAGAGAAACCUUACAAAUGUCAAGAAUGUGGCAAGGCCUUUAGCCAUCCAACAUCCCUUACUAAGCAUCACAGAAGGCAUACUGGAGAGAAACCUUACAAAUGUCAAGAAUGUGCCAAGGUCUUUGCCCAGCAAUCAUCCCUUAGUCGACAUCACAGAAUUCAUACUGGAGAGAAACCUCACAACUGUCAAGAAUGUGGCAAGGCCUUUAGCUACCAAUCAUCCCUUACUCAGCAUCACAGAAUCCAUACUGGUGAGAAACCUUACCAAUGUCAAGAAUGUGGAAAAGCCUUUAACUCUUCCUCACGACUUACUGAACAUCACAGAAUUCAUACUGGAGAGAAACCCCACAAAUGUAAAGAAUGUGGCAAGGCCUUUAAAGCAUACUCACAGCUUACUCAACAUCACCUAAUUCAUACCGGAGAGAAACCUUACAAAUGUAAAGAAUGUGGUAAGGCCUUUAGCAGAUACUCAACCCUUUUUCAACAUCACAGAAUUCAUACCGGACAGAAACCUUACCAAUGUAACAAAUGCAGCAAAUCCUUUAAUUUACCUUCAAGGCUUACUCAGCAUCACAGAAUCCAUACUGGAGAGAAACCUUACCAAUGUCAAGAAUGUGGUAGAGCCUUUAUGCGGCAAUCAUCCCUUACUCGGCAUCACAGAAUGCAUACAGGAAAGAAACCUUACAAAUGUCAAGAAUGUGGAAAGGUCUUUAGCCAGCAAACAACACUUACUCAGCAUCAUGUAAUUCAUACUGGAGAGAAACCUUACAAAUGUCAAGUAUGUGGCAAGGACUUUAGCCAGCAAGCAUCCCUUAGUCAGCAUCAGAGAAUUCAUAGUGGAGAUAAACCUCACAAAUGUCAACAAUGUGGGAAGGCCUUUAGGUUGAAGUCAAACUUCAAUGACCAUCACAGAAUUCAUACUGGAGAGAAACCUUUCCAAUGUCAACACUGUGGCAGAGCCUUUAGGAUUAAGUCAAACCUUAAUGGCCAUCACAAAAUUCAUACUGGAGAGAAACCUUACCAAUGUAAGACAUGUGGCAAGGGCUUUACCAAAUGCUCAGAACUUCAUCAGCAUCACAGAAUUCAUACUUGA